AUGACGCCCCUCCUCGUCGCCGCGCUGCUCGCGGCCGUGUCCCUCGCCGCCGCGGCCGAAGUCCCUCUGUUCACGCAGGAGGGCUGCAGCAACCUCCCGACGCUGGUGUGCACCGUCCAGCCCACGGACGGCUACUCCGUGGAGGGCGUGGUCUACUUCACGCCCGCGUGGCGCCGCCGCGGCGUCGGCGAGCAGCCGGACCUGUUCACGUGCUACGUGCGCAUCAUGGCCGCCGUCGCGGGCCUGACUAAUCCGCAACACGGCUUCCAUGUGCACACAUACGGCGACGUCAGCGUCAGCGAUGGCUCGUCCACCGGCGGACACUUCACCAACGUCGCGGGCGACGAGAUCGAGCACGGACUUCCUGACGACGAGAUCCGCCACUGGGGAGAUCUGGGAAACCUCAUCAAUGAUGGAAAGGGCAACGCCGAGUAUGACCGCGUCGACAAGGUUGUGCGCUUGGGCGCCCUCGUGGGGAGGGGCAUUACCAUUCAUGAAGAUCAAGACGCAGGGAGUAGCGAGCAGCCGACGGGCGCUUCGGGCACUCGCAUUGGCUUCUGCGUCAUCGGUUACGCUAACCCUGAGGUCAUCGCCUCGGCCUCACGGUAA